CUAUAGCGUAAUGUAAAUAUGUUGACCACAACACUUGGUAGCAGUAUAAGUCCGUCUCUGAUUGUUUCAGCCUGCAGAAGGUUGCAUGCUUCCCGGAGAUGGUGCACGAGUCUACAGCUGACGGAGUACGUGCAGGGGCAGUCACCAGAGCCCAGAGUCAGGGAAUACUUCUACUAUGUCGACCACCAAGGAAUGCUCUUUUUGGAUGAUGCAAGAAUCAAGAACUUUACAUCUUGCUUUAAAGAGAAGAAGUUCCUUCAGUUUUUCUUCAGCCGACUUUGCUUCAAUAAAACAGCAAGAUAUCCAGAGUUUCCGUUUUUCUCUCCAUGUGGUCGUGAAAGGAACUUCAUAAGAUGUGAUGAUCUGCCACUGGUAUUCACAAAUUUGGUAAGGAAAGAUGCACCAUUAGGUCCAGAAGAGCACAUUGCUUAUGGUAAUGCAGGUGACUUAAUGACCUUUCCAUUCCAACCAUCUGAAUUAUGCAUGCAAGUUGAGACAGGGCGAGUAUACCACCCAGCUCCUGAACGUGUUGGAGGUGUGGGACUCGUCAGGUCUCAGUUAGCCAUCCAGCUCUCAGCACACUUUGUCUUUAGAAACGGUGAACACCAACCUCCAACUCACAUAUACUGGAAUGAUAAACAAGUAGAAUUGUCCCAAAACUUAGUACCAGUGCUGCAAAGUUUAGAAUAUGUUAGAAAAUAUAGUUUAGGACUUUUGAAAGAUAAAAUUUAAUACAGGGUCUAUGUAUUUCUUUUUCUGUAGUUUAUGUAUAUGGUGAUAAAUUUAUGGUACUCCCAUGUACAGUAUAUUAAAAGGUACAAUACUGUGAUGGUAUUUUGUCAUACAAAGUUGAUUGGCAUACAUGCAAUGAUGAUCAUAUUUAAUAGUGUUGGAUUUAACCUUCUGUUGUUUCAUGGUUUGGUAGUUUGUUUAUAGGAGUUGCCUUGAUAAUGAGUUAUACGACACUUCAAUAAAUAUUUAUUAACGUGAUUUUUAAAAUAAUACUGUACAGUAUUUGAAUUAUGAUGGAAGGAAUGGUGCCAAGCCACUUGGAUGGUCGGGGAUUGAACGCCGACCUGCAUGAAGCGAAACCGUUGCUCUUAUCACCCAUCCCAAGUGGUUGAGCUUCAUUUUUGAGAGUGGAAAGUGAAGUAAUGAUGAUGGUGAUAAGGGUUAUAGUCUCAUGGAACUGCUCAAUUGCAUAGUUCUAUUGAGUACAUUAUUAAAAUCAUUUCAUUUUGGCUACUUCCAUUGAUACUCUUCUAUUUACUACUUCGCCAAGGCUCAGGUAGUACCGAACUGAACUCUCAUACUAUGUUAAACAUGAUUUUUCCUAGCUUGUUUCAAUAACCUGGUACAGAUGAACAAAUCCAUAAGGGCCGUGAUGAGGAUUCGAACCUGCGUCCGGGAGCAUCCCAGACACUGCCUUAAUCAACUGGUACAGAUUUCCGUGUAUGUAUUGUACAUAUAAAUUAAUGUUAUUUGUCAUAUAAUACACUGUAUAUUUUAUUGUUGUAAAUACAGUAUGUGUUUAUACACCCAAUUAUUCUGCACAUUUUGAUUUUCAUAGUUAAAUACAAGGUGUUAGAUCAGUUAGCCAUGCUCAUCUUUUAAGGCAAUAUCAUUAAGGAUUUCAAAGGAAAUUUUGUUUGUGGCUACAUAUAUUCUGCAGCUUCUUUUAGUGAUUCCGGUUUGAUGUUUGUUAUUGCAAUGCCAAAUUAGUACAUAAUUUAUUACUAAUUUAUUAAAUUGGCAGGUCCCAUGGCGCAGUGGUAAAGCACUCGCUCGGCACUUUGUGAGCCCUUUGGCCUGGGUUCGUAUCCUGGCCAGGGAAGAUUGUCUGGGCGCCAAUCCUUGACUGUAGCCUCUGUUCACCCAGCAGUGAAUGGGUACCUGGGUAAACGAUUUGCCGGGCCGUAUUCCGAGGAAAAUUAGGAUUAAGGACCUGCCCUAAACGCCAUGCGUGCUAGCGGCUUUACAAGAGUGUUGGAACUCUUGACUAUUUAAAUAAAUAAAAUACUUUAUACAGUAUAUGUAUAUAUUUGGGUUUACAAUUUUGUUUUAAUUAUAUUGUCAGGUUACAUAGAUUGUAUAUAUAUCGCAAGGCUUAAUUGCUGUAGUUUAAAAUACAAGUCUGAUAAAAGUUGUAAA